AAAAAACCCCCAGAAAAUUACAGUACCAAUAUUGGUGUGAGCUUCGUCCUAUCUUUUUUUUUUUUUUUGACACGAGCUUCGUCCUAUCUGGUUCACACAAAUACACACACCGAUAUUUCGUUCAUAUACCUGUAACAGGGGGAGGGAGAGGGAGAGGGAGAGAGAGAGAGAGAGAGAGAGAGAGAGAGAGAGAGCUUUCAAUGGUUAUGGUGGUUACUUCGGUUUUCAACUGAUGUAGCAAGAAAAUCUAAAUACACCAUAUACCCAAUUGGAUACACGAAAAUUUCCCUCUUUUUUCACUCUGUGUGUGGUUUGUCUCUUCAAUGGCAGAUGUUAUUCGACUAUCAUUCAAUCCGCUUCGCUUCGCUUCUUCGUCUUCUGUCCUAACCUCCUUCUCGUCCUCCUUGAAUUCUCUCCAACCGGGUCUCCCUUCCAAUCAGAAAUCCUGUACGAGGGUUUUAUCUUCUGCUGGUGCUGCUCAUCAUACUUCUGCUACUGGAAUUAGUACUCUCUUUGCCUUCAGACCCACUAAGAGUUUCGAUUCUUUCAAGGUACAUGCAACAGUUGCUGAAACUGACCAGCCUAAAUGGUGGGAAAGAAAUCCAGGUCCAAACAUGGUAGACAUUCAUUCUACACAGGAAUUCUUGAGUGCUUUAAGUCAGGCUGGAGAGAGACUAGUUAUUGUUGAAUUUUAUGGAACUUGGUGCGCUUCUUGCCGAGCAUUAUUUCCAAAGCUCUGCAGAACUGCCGAGGAGCACCCUGAAAUUUUGUUCUUGAAAGUGAAUUUUGACGAGAACAAGCCAAUGUGCAAAAACUUGAAUGUAAAGGUGCUUCCUUAUUUCCAUUUCUAUCGUGGAGCCGAUGGACAGCUGGAAUCCUUUUCUUGCUCACUGGCUAAGUUUCAGAAAAUAAAAGACGCCAUUAUUACGCACAACACUGAUCGCUGCAGCAUUGGUCCACCCAAGGGUGUCGGAGAUCUUAGCCUUGAAACUUCAUCUGCUCCAAAGGACACACAAGUGGGUUCUUCUAAAACAUAGUAUUUAUUGUGUUCAGGCAUUUGUCCAUAAAUUUGAUUCCCGCGUUCAUUGUGAUCAGAGCUGAACCAUCAUAGUGAGUUUUAUUCUAAUGUAAAUUGGCAUUUUCCCCCCCUACUAAAAGGAUAAUGCUACUGAUGCAUAUUUUGUCAUCAUUUUUCUAGGUUGUGAUGUAGUACGUAUUCUUCUACUGUCAAAAUGAUGGGAAGAUGAAAUUCCAGGAUGUCCAUGUAACUAUACCUUCUCCUUUUUCCUGCUUUUUUAUAUAAAGAAUUCUCUCUUUGAAAUUA